GUUGCGAAGAAAGAAGAAAGCUAGGCGGUUGAAUAAGGGCGGGAGCAGUAAGUGUCUGCGCGCGCACUUCGGAGCACGCUGCUCCCGGUGGCUCGAGAGGCGGCCGCGUGGUCGGACCGCUUCAGUAACUCCGAAACCUCCGAGCGGGUGAGUCACGUCUGAUUUCGAUCCUGAAGAAUACCUCGGGACGCUCCAAAACAGACUUUUUAUACAUGUAAUUCGACGCUUCUUUUCGUCAUCCAUACGUCAACUGGUCCGUAUCGAGAUCGACUUUAUUAUCCGAAGGCAAAAAAAAGUGUACAGAAUUUCUGUCAGUGAACGUUCCAUUCGCUGUUUACAAAUAUACGAGGAUCGCUCCAAUUUCGGGUCGCUAAGAGAGGUCUGAUAGAUCGUUCGGGACUGGUUAUCGUUAGUGUCGUUCGCGAGCAGCCUGAGACCACUAUCUGGAACUGUAUUACCGAAAGCUUGAUUAAGAAAACAGUGAUUUCUCUAUUCCUCUAACCGUAUCGAGUCUUCCAGCGAGGGACAAGUGACUGUAAAACGGAGUGUCGUUUUUCCAGGUGAUGUCCUCGGUUUGAUCGACCGCUCUAAUCGAGUUCCCGCGUAUUUUUCACAAAGCAACGCCAUGAAGGCGUUUCGUUUGGCAGCGAUUUUGGCCGUGCUGGUGACGAUGGUCGCUUCGGAGCCAACCGAUUUCGCGCGAUCGAGACUAAGAAUCCUCAAGUGUUGUCGCGACAAAGAGGAGCUGGUGAAAACGUCCGACGGCGACGCGGACACCGCGACCCGUUGCGAAGCCACCGCGAACGUGUGGAAACCCUUCAUCUACUCGCCGUCCCGUCAGACGAUCCUGUCCAAUCCGCCUCCGGAGUGGAACAUCGUUCAGGGGAGGAAGCCAGAGUGCGGGGACAACUCUGUGCUGACCUUCGUGCCCUACAGAAGCACGAAUCCGUUCGUGCUUUUGGACGACGGACAGGCAAUCCUCGAUGUCCACGCAGAUGACAAGUUCGAGCCCGAUCAGUACUGCGUGGACGCGAACGCUCUGUUGGUGUGCGUGCAGAAGAGAAUCGAGGGAAAUCACGCCGCAGCGACCAUGAGACCCAGGGUUCGUCGGUGCUGCGACGAGGACGCGGCUUUUCACGAGGAAAUACACACGUGUGCUGAGCUAAAGGAAGCUGCAGACGCCACGCCGUUGUUACCGAACGCAUCCUCCGCCGUCGAGAUCGUGUCAGGAUUCCCAACAUGUCCACGUUCGGACAACUUCACGAUUUUGGGGGACGCGAAGGAUGCCGUGUUACUGCCAGACGGUGGCUUGGAAAUAGACGGGGUCACAUUACCUACCGGCCAGUUCUGCGUCGAGAGGAUCAAAGAAUUGAACCAGGUGGUCAAGGUGUUCGCCUGCUCGGAGCAUGCAUCGCAAAGACCGAAGAUCCAAGCGGCCGAUAUCAGGUUCACCUUGUACCCCGUGGGCUUCAUCAUUAGCGCGGUCUUCCUGGCAGCAACGUUGGCUGCUGGCUGGUUGUUGCCCGCCUCUCAUCACGUCCUGCAUUGGCGUUGCCAGACUCAUCAUGUCGCCUGCCUGAUGCUUGGUGAUCUUCUCAUGGCCAUCAUUCAACUCGCAGGAGAUUCCCUGCACGGCGGAAGCUGCAAAGCGUUAGCAAUCAUGGCUCAUUUCUUCUUCCUGGCGGCGUUCUUCUGGCUGAACACGAUGUGCUUCAACAUCUGGUGGACGUUCAGGGACCUGAGACCAGCCAGCUUGGAGAAAGGCCAAGAGACCCUCAGACUGCGAGUGUACGGCUGCUACGCUUGGGGUGGUCCCCUCCUAGUCGCCGGGCUGGCCGCCCUUCUGGAUCAUCUUCCGCCUCAACCUCAGUACACAUUUCUCCGGCCUCGUUUCGGCGAGAAACAGUGUUGGUUCUACGGAGACAUGGAGAUCCUGGCGUACUUCUUCGGGCCCAUCGGCAUCCUCCUUGCAGUGAAUCUCCUGUUCUUUGCGGCAACUGCUCGCGAGCUGACGUGCGGCUUGUGGAAGGGUGAAUUCGUCAAGAGCACCACGGAAAGAGCUGCUCUGGGUCGAAUCUGCAUGAAGCUAGUAGUGGUGAUGGGAAUUACUUGGGUGGCCGACGUGAUCUCAUGGGUAGUCGGCGGACCUCAAUACAUCUGGUACUUCACCGACUUGAUAAACGCCUUCCAAGGCGUGCUGAUCUUCGCGGUGGUUGGCUGCCAGCCCCAGGUACGCGCAGCGUUGAAGAGGAUCUGCAACAGGAAUCCCAGAACCAACGCUGGGAGGCAGGGCAACGGGCUGAGCACCACCAGCCACGGGAUGCCCAGCAUGGGCGACAGCGUCACUCAGAAUCCAAGCACGAAGACUGCUCCGUUAGAAACCAUCUGCUAAACAACGUCGUCGAGUUGCCUUUAUUGAACGACUCUGUGGUCCGUCAGCUAAGUCCACAAACAAGGGAUUAACGAAACACGUUGGACGGGGCACGGACUUACUCGAAGGGGAUCGAUUCGAAGAUCCUUCGCGCGAAACUUCUUCGGACCAGAGGUUUCUUCGAUUGCUUUGGUUCAGGAAGUGGACAGGACACCGUAUACGAAUCAACGUGCUCAUCGGAGCGUAGCGAAGUCUAGACGCCGUGAUGGCGACGGUAGGUCGAGGAAACUGGGAUUUCCUAGUUUCUGGUGAAUACUCAGCACCUCGGUUUCAUCCUGUGACAGAAACGCUUUCAAAGACUUUUUGCACCGUGAACUCGAGCCAAUGAUACGUCGCUGCUCGAUCAACGGAAGCUUCCUCGCUUGCUUGGCUCGGGAAGUGUACACUGUAUACGAAACAACUGAACAUUCGCAUGUAUGCAUAGAGACGAGUAGACACCAAGCUCGUGGCGGUGCAACGAGGAAACUGGGAUUAUCCAGUUCCUCUGGUGACUGUUCAACACCCCGCGAGAGCUACCUCGUUCUUGCUCCGUGAACUUCGACCAGAACUGUUAUCAUUCAGACACGACAGGUCUGAAGAAUUGCGAAUCACUGAUUUACGAUCGUAGAUUAUCCACGAUCACUGUUUAUUCUGACAUUUGUGAGUGAUUGUUAUGAAAGUACCUACGAAGUAACUGCAAAGUAAUGACUGACCAACUCUACACUGUAUACGAAGCAACUGAACGUUGUCGCUUAGGCGUGGAGAAGACCAGACGCCGAGGUAGCGACGUCAGAUCUAGCAAUCAGGGAUUUGCCAGUUUCUGGUGACUGGGUUCAUCGCCAGAAACUUCACGAGAGACCAUUUAUCCGUCUGUAACAGAAACGCUUUUAGAGAGUUCUCGAUAGCUCUGCUACCCUCUGCUAUUCUAAUGGUCGCCAAUCUCAAGGCUACCAUGACCUUCGACCUAAAAUCCCCCAUCCCUCGGGUAAUCUAAUAGAGGUGGGCAAAACUAUAUCCAAGGUAACGAAUAGAAUUCAAGUAUGUGUCUGUUCGUAAUAUAAUUUAAUUUUAUAACUCGAACUUCAGUUUUUAUUCAAAUAACAAAUACACCUAAUAUCUAUUCGAGUCACGAGCAAAGGAUGCCUUACUUUUUACUCGUUACUCGCUAGAUAUAUCUAGGCAAGUGAUUCGCCCACCUCUAGGCCGAGGUCUGCGUCAGAAGGUCGUCGACCUUGACGCCAGAAAGUUCCCAGCAAGAAUCCGUUGCGCUGCUCGCCGCAGACGAGCGUCCCCGUGGACCAGGCACCGGAGCAAACGGUACCAACAGAGCCUGUCACUUUGAAUAGUUCAUUGUCUCGGUAGAACACAAUGGUAGCGCAGAGAAAACAACGCGAAGCGACAAAUAUUCAUAGAGGCUCGUCAUGGUUCGAGCCUCCAUGGGGAAAUCCCUCCCUUCCGUUCCAUCGCGGUUCGGGUUUGGGUUCGAAUCCUACUCUGAACUCUGCGCCGUCGAGGUGUCGGUCUUGAUAUCCUGGUGUCAGCGAUGAGCAAAAUUCUAUUCGAACAACAAAAAUACAGCGUAAGUCUUGUUUUAUUAGCCACAUUUUUAGCGAAGUGGUUUAUAUACAGUGAACGUCGCUAAAGUAGCCAGCGAAGAUAACAAAUUUUGCUCAUCCCUGUCCAAGCUCAUCCGAGUAUAGCAACGGUGCAUAUUCGUUGCAAGGGAAAUAGAGCCGAAAGAUGACAGACGCGACGCGCAGUCAAACGCAGCUGGCCGAUCGGUUAUUUAUAAACGAGAAUUUAACGAGACGAUGCCCGGCCGAUACGAGACGCUACUUUGUUCGAAUUGUUAUUAAUAAACGGCGCCAGGCACCGGCGAGGUCGUUCGGGGGUGAAUUUUUCGCGUUGCGAUCCCUGUCGGUGUUAAAUAUCGAGCAACGAUCCUGAGAUGAUUAAAAUCUCUGGUAACCCUUUCCGUUUGCUUUUAUGCAACGACUCGGCUCUUCCACGCCGUAGCUCGUUUAAUUUGUUCGUCAUUUUAGACACAGAGAAAAAGUUAGAGGGACCAGGUAAGGACCACAAAAUUCGAGAUAAAUCUGGGAUAUGUUCGCGUAUGAGUUUGCGACCUCACAGUCACGGUAAGUUGUUGAGGGAGUGAGGAGAAAUCGGAACAACCUUGACCCGCGUUCACAAUCAUCGAACACACGAAUGGAUGAUCAAUUAAUUCCUCGCAUUCUUCCUAGCAUCGCCCCAGCUUCAUUAUUCAUCGGGCAUGCUCGGAGCCGCGAGCAAUCGCACUUCAAUUUCCUUUAGCAUAAAUUUGCAUCGGCAUCAACUUUCUUUAACAUAAAUUUGCUGGCUGCAAUCUUGGUUCCUAUUAGCGCGCGGCAUUAGGAUUCUUUUUUUUGUUUUUAAUUUCGAAGAUUAUUGCUCGCAGAAUGUAAACCCUACAAUCAUCCGGGUACAAGCGCGUGUUUAAUUAAAUGUAAUAUAGCCUGGUACAAGCGUGCGAUUAAUCCCUUGACGACAGACCUGACAAAUGAUCCACAGUGUGUGGGUUAACAUUCCAAUAAUGAAAUAAGGUUUGAAUUUAUUAUGUAGAUCGUUUUAGGAAAAAUUCCAAUUUUAUUUAAAAUUUCGCGUAAGCAGUUUACUUUUAAACUCGUUUAAAACACCUGUCCUUAAAGAGUCAAUUAUCUUUGUUAAACGUCUCUACUUUGCGUUUGGGUUCUCUACAAUUUUCAGUCUGGUACGAUAGUUAUGUAUAAUGAACCCCUGGAGUCCUUAGAUUUAAUAAAAAUAUUAGACGCACAACUGUGCCAGACCAUACUAUAGUUUUAAAUUAGUUUUGCACCAGUAGCCUCGUCAACGACCGCAUCGAUUCUCGUUACUCGCCAUGCAUUUUUCACAUUUAAACAAAACUACUAAAAAUUCUUGUCUCGAAACGAAGGUUCGGAUUAUCGAGAACAAUCUUAGGUUCUCGUCGUUUUUAUACAAACGAUUUCAUGUAUCUGGCGAGGACCUCAUCCGAUAAAAACCCACCUUCUCCAUUUGUUCUACAUAUUCCAAAACUCGUUUUC